GAGGGAGAGAGGGGGAAAAAAAGAGUGAAGAGAGACAAGGGAGCCGCCGCCACCGCUGGACGGAGCGACGUCCCGGAGAAAAGAAACGGAGCCUGGGCUUGAGGUGGAGGCUUAAAGAAAAAGAAAACCCGAAGAUCAAGUGCUAUUUGAAGCGUUAAAAGGAGGGAACGUCUGCAAAGCACAACUGCCGCCGGGGCCAGAAUAAAUCUUAACGGCUGUAAAUAUCCUUAGUCUGAGAGACUUUUGUGUUAAAGAUGACUUUGAAAUAUAUCAUUUACAUUGGACUGAUUUGCUGUUGCAUGUGGGGCGGACUUGCCCAAUCAGAUCCCAGUGAGUGUUUGAAAGCCAAUGCCAAAUCAUGUGGAGACUGUAUACAAGCUGGUAGAAAUUGUGGAUGGUGCACGAAAAAUGGAUUCUUGCAGCAGGGCGAACCAAACUCUGCACGGUGCGAUGACAUAGAAUCAUUAAAAAAGAGAGGAUGUGAAGUUGAAGAUAUUGAAAAUCCCAAAGGUUCACAACAUGUAGAUGCAAAUAAAGAACUUACUGGACGUACAAGUGGCGAAAAGGUAGAGCUGAAAGACAUUACACAGAUCAGACCACAGAAGCUAACUCUGAAAUUACGAUCAGGAGAGCCACAAACCUUUCCACUGUACUUUAAGAGAGCAGAGGACUAUCCCAUUGAUCUCUACUAUCUUAUGGACCUCUCCUUUUCCAUGAAGGAUGACUUAGAAAAUGUAAAGAAGUUAGGAACAGAAUUGCAGACUGAAAUGCAAAAGAUAACUUCUGAUUUCCGAAUUGGAUUUGGUUCGUUUGUGGAUAAAACUGUGAUGCCUUACAUCAGCACAACCCCAGCCAAAAGGAAAAAUCCUUGCUCAAGUGGUGAAGUGUGUACAAGUCCAUUUAGCUACAAAAAUGUCCUAUCAUUGACCAAUGAUGGAUCAAAGUUCAAUGAACUUGUAAGCAACCAGACUAUUUCUGGGAACCUGGACUCUCCAGAAGGAGGUUUUGAUGCUAUAAUGCAGGUGGCUGUCUGUGGGGAAAAAAUUGGCUGGCGCAAUGUCACUCGAUUGCUCGUGUUCUCUACAGAUGCAGGGUUUCACUUCGCUGGAGAUGGUAAACUAGGUGGCAUUGUUUUACCAAAUGAUGGGAAUUGCCAUCUUGAUACACAGGGUCUCUACACCAUGAGUGACCAUUUUGAUUAUCCAUCCAUUGCUCAUUUGGUGCAAAAACUUGGUGACAACAAUAUUCAGCCUAUUUUUGCUGUCACAGAGGAAUUCAAGGGUGUGUACAAGGCACUCCAUGAUCUCAUUCCAAAAUCUGAAGUGGGGGUUCUAUCAUCAAACUCCAGUAAUGUAAUCAAGCUGAUCCUUGAUGCUUAUCAUGCUUUGUCAUCAGAGGUUAUCCUGGAGAACAGCAAAUUGCCAGAUGGAGUGUCAAUACAUUAUACAGCCUUUUGUAAAAAUAAUACUGUUAAUACAGGGGAAGAAGGCAGGAAGUGUUUAGGCAUUCAAAUUGGUGAUGAGGUGAGCUUCAACAUAAGUAUCACAGCAAAGAAAUGCCCAAAUAAUGGUGAAAAAGCAACUAUUCAAAUUAAACCUCUGGGAUUUAAUGAGAAGGUAGAAAUUGAUCUCGAAUUUGUUUGUGAAUGUGAUUGCCAUGAGAAGGGAAUUCCUAAUAGCCCAGAUUGCCACCAGGGUAAUGGAACAUUUGAAUGUGGAGCAUGCAGAUGUAACAAAGGACGGAUUGGUCGAUUUUGUGAAUGCAGCACUGAUGAAGUAAAUAGUGAGGAUAUGGACGCUUCCUGCAGAAAAGAUAAUGCAUCUCUAAUCUGUAGUGACAAUGGAGAUUGUAUCUGUGGGGAAUGUGUCUGCAAAAAGAGAGAAAAUCCUAAUGAAAUCAUCUCCGGCAAAUAUUGUGAAUGUGAUAACUUUAAUUGUGACCGAUCCAAUGGAUUGAUUUGUGGAGGAAAUGGUGUCUGUAAGUGCCGGGUGUGUGAAUGCAACCCCAACUAUUCUGGCAAUGCUUGUGAUUGCUCCCUGGAUAAUUCAACGUGCAUUUCAAAGAAUGGACAGAUGUGUAAUGGGAGAGGCACAUGUGAGUGUGGUCGCUGCAAAUGCACUGAUUCUAAAUUCCAAGGAGCUGCGUGUGAAAUGUGUCCAACCUGUCCUGGAGUAUGUACAGAACACAAGGAUUGUGUUCAGUGUAAGGCUUUUAAUAAAGGACCCAAGAAAGAUAUAUGUGAUCAAUGUGAGUUUGAUGUGAUACCGGUGAAAAACCAGGCUGAUUUGCCACAACCAAGCCAAGAUUCACCGAUCCUUCAUUGUAAGGAGAAGGAUGAAGAUGACUGUUGGUUCUACUUUUCCUAUUCUGUUAAUGACCAGAAUGUUCCAGAAGUUCAUGUUACAGAAACCCCAGAGUGUCCACAAGCACCUGAUAUAAUUCCAAUUGUAGCUGGUGUGGUUGCUGGUAUUGUCUUGAUAGGUCUUGCCCUGUUGCUGAUAUGGAAGUUACUGAUGAUCAUUCAUGACAGAAGGGAGUUUGCAAAAUUUGAAAAAGAGAAAAUGAAUGCCAAAUGGGAUACACAAGAAAAUCCUAUUUACAGGAGCCCUAUAAACAUAUUCAAGAAUCCAAAUUAUGGGCGUAAAGUUGCUUCUUUCUAAAUCUGGUGAAAAUCCAAUCUACAAGAGUGCUGUGACGACUAUUGUCAACCCAAAAUAUGAGGGAAAAUGAUGGACUUUGUGCAUUUUUUUCUGAGGGUUCCUUCUUGUUUUAUUGAGGCUAUGGAUAAUGGGGUUUGGGAUUUACUUUUGUAGCCACAAAAAUAGCUUUAGAUCUCAUUGCAGUGAUUUACUAACCGACGUAAGUUUUUCUAUGCAGAUUUUGAAAUGUGUACAGUAUGUGUAAAGAAAGAUUGCUUUUUUUUUGAAGUUUUAAUUUGAAGAGGAUGGGAAGGCAGGUUUUAGAAUGGAAUAUGUUUGUAUCAAUAAAACAGCUUUAUUUUAGAUUUUUAAUGUUUUAUUUCGCCCCAGGAAUUUGGCUUUCCAGAAUUCCUUUGUAAAUUGUCUCAACAGUAUUUUAAACUAGGCAAAACAUUUGAAAACCACAAAAGAAUCACCCUCAUUUAUCGUGCCAAAAUACGUCUCUCUUUUUUCAGUAAUCAAUACAAACUGUGCAAUUGUCUAUUGUGACUCAAGUCACUCACAUUCUCUUCAAUGUGUUGAGCACCCUUUCAAUAAGGGCCCUUCAGUAGCAGUCCAUGCUGUUUAGUUUUGAAACAUUAUAUUAUGUUAGACAUGUGGCAGAAAUAUAUUUGGCCAAAUAUGGACAUUAUUAUUUAAAAUUGUAAAUGGCUUUGCUGAAUCAUGACAGAUGAAAUUGUUAGAUUUUUGAAAUUAGAUGCAAGCCUUUGUUGAUGUGUAAUUGUGCAGACUUACCUAAUGUAAGUACUUUACAACUACCAAUAGUUUCCUUUUUUCAUCAGCAUACAUGACCGUCACUUCCAUUUCAAAACAGGUUGUCCUCAGUAUUUGCAAAAACUCAGAUUCUCGUGUUCUGUUGACUAUUAGUACUAAUAAGGUGCAAGCAAAUGGUAACUCAGAUUCAUACUAAAUAUGGCUGUUUAUAUUAAUUCUCCCUACGUUGUGACUUACUUCACUCAGAUCACAUUCUUCUUUUAAAGUGCCUUUUUACUUUAACAAUGUUUUCACUAUUUCUGUACACUUGAGUUAUUUAUUAAAUAAAUGACUUUAUAAAAAUAUC